AGGAGCGCCGCUAACCUCGAACGGGAAACGGAGUCGUCCCACCCCCACCGCUCACCGAGGAUUUUGCGGGUGGGAUUGGGCAGGCUCGACGGGCCUAGUUGGCGGCCUGCCCGCCCAGACGGCGGACCGCACAUGCACAGGCUGAGAUGCCUGGGGCUGCUUUUUUCUCUGUCGGCUGAGGACGCUGGCGGGUUUCGUCAAACGUUUUCGUUGCAGUUGUUGACCUGGAGCCACCCGUCACGGAAGGGAGAACCGGACGGACCUACCGGCGUCAGUGGCUUCAGCAGGCCGUCCACGCUUCUCCGUUCCGCCCACCAACCCCACAGCACACUCCACGGUUGA